AAACACUUGUCAGGUGCAGUUCUUCUUCAACCGGGAACCGAACAUAGUCCCUGCAGAAAGGAGAAUAAGCAAGCAUUCAUACCAGCAUGACCACCGUCUUCUCUAGAGACGCACAGCUGAAGAGCAUGGAGUUGACCAUAAGCAAUGCUGAGAAGUACAUGGGUCAGUUCUGCACGCUGCUCGCUGCAUACACUCGCAAAACAGCUAAACUCAGAGACAAGGCUGAUGCACUUUCCCAGCAGCUGCAUGAAUUUGCCAGCACUGAAGGUCCAGAGCUGAGUGUCUGCCUGAAGAACUUCUCUGAGGACUUAGCCAUGGUGCAGGACUACAGACAGGCUGAGGUGGAGAGGCUUGAAACACGAGUGGUCACCCCUUUGAAGGUAUAUGGGGAUGCAGUGAAAACCAAACGAGCCGAACUGAAGAAGUUUAGCACAGAUCGAAACAGGGAGCUGAAAGAGCUACAGAGAUUGGAAAAGCUCCAAUUAAAAAACCCAGGCGACCGACAGAGCAUUGCAGAAACAAAUGUGCAGAAAGCCAGCAGCAAUGCUAGCAGAAGCUCCAGACAAAUGGAGGACACUAUCAUUGAAUUCCAGAGACAGAAACUGUGGGAUUUAAAGAGGAUCUUUUCAGAAUUCAUCAUGGUGGAGAUGCUUUUCCAUGCCAAAGCUCUGGAGGUCUACACACACACCUCCAAAAACCUUGAAACCAUGGACAUAGACAAAGAUCUAGAGUUUUUUAGGAACCGCAUCCAGAUUUCUGGUUCUUCUCUGGAAAACACAGCAUUUUCAACUGGUGUACCUCGCUACCCAAGUCCCACUCCCUCUCCACUCAGACUGACACAAGCAAGCCUGUCUGACACAAGAAGGACAUUGGAUCAAUCCAAAAAGUCUUUGAAAAUAACUGUACCCAAGCGGAAAGUGAUGGAAGAGGAGGAGGAGGAAGAUGACGAUGAGGAGGAUGAGGAGAGAUAUGACUCUGAGGAAGAUGCAGAGGAGCCACAGACUUACAGGCAGUCCUACUCUGCCCAAUAUACCAUGAAUCUUAGGCAGACUUAUAAAUGAUGAAUACGUAAAAAAGACAUACAAUAGGAGUAACCAAAUAUUAAACCAAUUUUGUUUUUCUUAUUUAAUAUCUUUCAAAUGUACAGUAUAUUAAAAUGUAUAUUACAGUAAAUGUCCACUUUAAAUGUUAAAAAAGUAUGUUCUAUUUAGCAUUAACAAAGACACUGUAUCUUUAAAACAAGGUUGAUGGGGUUAAGAUACUUCUGAUACCACAAUUUAAUACUUUGUUAAAAGCCUGUGUUGGCACCUACACUACCUGUGUCUAAGGUGGUGAGGAUUGGAUGGGGUUUCUCCUUGCUAUCAGUGUAAUGUGAGAUCCCUGGGUUUGGUCAAGUGGCCAACAUGUGUGGUAUGGGUUUUACAUAGAACACAACCUAUCGGCACCUGGUGACUGUGCGCAUGCCGAAGGGGGUCUUUAAGGCCAGAAGGGGGGUGGUGCAAGCAGCAGAGAAAUUACAUUAGAAUUAGAAAAUAAAACCCACACAAAAUUCUGUAGACAUAUGGGAGGGACACUGUAAGAUUAAUUUGUCUGUAUUUAAGAUUGAUGUUAUUUGUGUCAAUAUAUUUUAUCUUUUCA